AUGCUGGAGGAGCUUCGAAAGUUAAAGCAGAAGAACUGGGACUUGUCCGAGGUGGACCCGCCUGACGAGCUUCCGGAAGACCUGCCCACCGCACCUGCAGUUGAAGCCGGCCGACCACCCACGUCUCGCCUAUUUGAAGGCGCUGGGUUGCCGAGCGAUAUCAAGGACCUUGUGCAGGCGCUGCAGUCCUUGCCGGCCAUGGACAAAAGGACCAUGGGCGGCAAGUGCAUCCCGCAAACGCUCGCCAUGGAGGAUUUCAUGAUGGAUCAGGUGGGCAUCCAGCCGCUUCCUGGGCACUACUUCGUACAAGGUGUCAAGGCCUUUGAACUGCCAACGCCGCUGAAGAGCCUACCCCCAGACAAGGAGCUCGUCUACCAUGGCAAAGGCCAAGAUGGCCACCCGUGCUCCUUCAAGGCAUCUGUCGCUGAGAUCCUCGAAUGGCAGUCUUCUUUUCGGGCAUACUAUGCUUCGGAUGUCUACACCGGUGACGAGGGCUUGCAGCUCUUGAGCCGAUCACUGGAAGGGCUUUCGGAGGCUGGUGAGGAAGCCUGGAAGAUGAAGUUUGCGAUCAGGUGCAGCAAAAACCCCGUGAUCAUGAGGUUUGACGGGCGUGUGGUUCCACGUGAAGUGGGCGAUCCGGUCUCCAGUCGGAUUCACCUGGUUUCCGUAUGUGGGAUCGACUUUGCGUCGCGGGUUCACGAUCACGUCGACCUCACCAAUUACAUCAAGAAUUGGAAAGAGGUUUACACCUUCGACGACGAAGGGGUUCCGUAUGUCCGACAUGGGCGCGACUUCGAGCUCUCUGGGACCUUCGCGCAGCUCAAUGUCUCCAAAACGCUCUUCGAUUUGAAGAAGAUGUGCAGACUGCGCCUGAAGGCACAAGACGACUUAGGCAUCCAGGUGGUCGUCGAGGUGGGCCUGGGCCUGGGCGUCUUCGCGGGGGAUGCCAUUGGCAUUGGCAACACGGUACGGCACCUCUCAGCUUUGGCAUUACAACGGGUUCUGCAAGAGGAAACCUUCAAGAACAUUCGGCUCGUUGUGUUAUCCUUGCCGAUCUUCAACAAGGGAGACAACUACGAGUACUACGAGAAGGUCUUCACCCGCGAAAAGGAGCCGUACACCGGCGCCAUUCCGGUCCUUCUCAUGGACCAGGAUAUGCACGCCAUCGCGCUUGCAGCUGCUGGUGCUGGCUUCAUGGUGGGCGAACUGAAUCCUGCGGACUCCCACGGCGUCUUUGGCGAGUACUGGCAGAACUUCGGGCCUGGCACAGAGGAGAAGCUUGCACUCACGACCUGCGGUUUGUUGACGCAGCACCAUGCCGUGAACCCUAUGGUUAUGGACAACAAAAGCUAUGUCCAGAUGAUCGCUUCUGAGCCGCCUAAGACUCCUACAUCAAAGUAG